UGGGGAAAUGGUAUGCUGUUGAGUCGGUCUGACAGGUCGAUGCAGACGUACUUUGUCAGUAAAUUACAUUGCAAACCUCAUAGUAGGUCAUCUAAUCGUCAAGAUGAGAUUGCGAGGUCUUGUAUAUGCGGCUGCUGUCAUCCUCGUCAUCCUCCUAGUAUGGCGGAUCUCUGACCAACAUUCCCACAUACAUGAGCGAGCAAGGGACAUUCAACACAUUUUCAGUGUUCAUGAGAUAUCCUGGGUCCCUACCACUACACCUGCAGCCUCCCCAAAAUGCAAGCUUUCCAAGGUCUGUCCCAUCGACCAUUUUGCAUUUCAAAUCACAAGUGGAGCAGCUGACGUUGUCGGGCCAAAGAUAUGUUUUGAGGGUAAAAUUGUGAUGAGUGGAGUGAUUAACAAUGUGGGACAUGGGCUUAACAUAGUGGUGGUGAAUGGUGAAAAUGGGACUGUUGAGAAAUGUGCCUACCUUAAUAUGAUCAUUGGAAAACCUGAAGAUAUCCUGGCAUACUUGAAAGAUAUUAAGCCUGGAAUGAUUGUUUUGGCGGCGUCAUUUCACGAUGUGGCAAAAAUGUUGACAGACGAAAUGAGGGAAAUAUUUGACGCACUCGGGAGCACCAUGAUCAAGUCUAUUAAACACAGAGAUAGCUGGGUCUUUGCUGGGGGUGCUGGAACAAAUGAGAAAAGUCCAUUUGAAAAGGUUGCUGUAAGUGAUCCGAAGAGCAACAUUUAUGAGGGCUGGCCAGAUGUUGCUAAGAUUGGAGGCUGCUUUCCCAGGAAGAUCUGAGACACUGAAAUCCCAGAGGACCUCAGGGAGGCAUCUGAGCAUCUAUUAACAAGGUUUAGGGAUGCAUCCUGACCUCAAAUGUAUCUUUGGCCGAUCAACCUCCCUUGAGCUGGUAACUGCGUUUGGUUAAUGCUUCAUAGCUUCUCCUUUGUGAACUUGAUUGUACCAAAGAUGGUUGUAGAUCCCUGACUGCUCUUUUGGAGGAGCCUGGAGACCCUCUCUGCUCAGAGCUGUGAUCUUCCCUCUGCCAGCCUGCUGCUCCAUCACCAUCAAUUUGUCUAAUCUGCCUUGGGCCCCCCUUAAGCCCCUGCAAAUGCGGGAACACUUGUUACACAUGAACAGGUGGUCAAGAGGGCUCUUUUAUGUUAUUCCACUUAACUUAUCUCCAACCUCUUUCUCUUCUUUUUUUCUCCUCUCUCUCUUCAUCUUUUAUCCUCUCAAACUCUCAUCCCCUUCACCCCAGUAUAAUUAUCUCCUUUUCUUUUUUUUCCCACCUCCUCUCCACUUCUCUCAACCAUCCACCUCUUGUUUUCUCGCUUAGGGGCUCUUUCAUGCUGGGUUAGGGUUAGUCAUGCUGUUGGCUGGAAACAAGAACAACUUUGGAUUUGUUUCAGUUGUCUGUUGUUUUCAGGGUUAAUGUGUGGAAACCCCAGACAGAGGGCCCUCUAAGAUCCUGAUGUCCCACAUUAGAGGAGUGUACUGUAGCACUGUCAUUGGCUCUGGAGGGCUGCAUUCCUUUCUCUUUUCUCUCAACUGUGAGGGUUGUCAAACUUUUCUGCUCCUCUUACUCUGGUUACGGAUCUAAACUCCGCCUAUGGUCAUGGGAGUCACCUAUGGAAAGAAGGUAAGAUCUUUGUUUCCUUUCACAUUCAUUCAUUUCUUUUUGAUGUGCACUUCUGUAACAACUCUUAGUUCUUAGCUUAUUCUUAGCUAAGAUUAAUUUAAAUUGUUAGGUGACUUUAGGUGACGCACAACUUAUUAUUGUGCGUUUUAUUACAUUUUUCUAAUUUAAAUAUGGUUAAUAAGUAUAGUAGCUCAUAUCGGUUUGGACUAUUUAUUACAUUAUGUAGUGUAUAUGUUAACCUAUAUUACAUAAUGUAGGUUUGUAUGGGCUGUAGGGGUUGUCAAGGCGAGCAGGACCAAAUCAUUCCAACAUAGUCCAUCAGGACCAAUACCUCACGCCACAAAAACAGUUUCUUCCCUUCCGCUGUUGGCCUCUUCAACAAGGCCAAGGGACCACACUGACUCUAAUGACUUCCUGCUUAAAACACACUGCUUUUUGUACUGCAUUACAAAAUUGUAUCUUGUACAUUUGUAUUUUUUGUAAUAUUUGUAUUUUUGUAUUUUUAUAUUGUAAAUUACGGCAACUUAUAUUUUAUUUUAUUGUAUAUUUUAUUUAAUUCUAAUUCCACUUAGUACUGCUAGUUUAUGUACCCUUAGUAUAGAUAGUCCACAUAUUUACAUUUUAGGUCCCUAUAUGUUUAUUGUAUGCACCUUCCUGCCAAUGCAAAUUCCUUGUCUGUGCAAACUUUCAUGGCGAAUAAAUCCCAUUCUGAUUCUGAUUCAUAGCACCUGUACUUGUUACAAAUGUCAAAUUAACUUAAAAACUCUUAGUUCAUGUGGUGAGCUUGCAAUUUCGUGCAGCAGUGACAUGCAUGAUAACAUGGUGGAAAGGCUCUCAAAUAUGCAAACCAGUGUUGGAUGAAUAAAAAAAGGAAAAAGGAAAAAUUUGAAAGAAAAUGUAAAAGCUGAUAGAUUUAACAUACGUUGGUACAAAUUGACAAUUGUUACAAAUUGAGUUUACUUUCAAAUUUUGCUGAUGAGUUACUUUCUGGUGGUUUGGAUAUAUGUGGGUAUGUUAACUGUCAAAUAAUAAAGAGCAACAAACAUAUUACAAUAAGUAGCUCUACAUGUUUACCAGAGUGGUCAAACUAAAACAAUCAGGAUUAACGAAGCAUCCUUCUUUCAUCUAACCUGUUCUGGUUCAGACAAACAGUUAGUCACUUUGACAGUGGUAAAAUAUUGCGAUAUUCUGACAGCAAUAGCAAGAUAAGGUAUUGUUUGUUAGAUGUCAUAACAGGAGAAUAUUCCCCGCAGUUUAAUGUGUUUACCCUUUCAUGUCACAUUAAUGACUCCCCACACAGCUACUCACAUCUACUCAGAGAGAUUAGCCAAUCAGCAGGAAUUCCACUUCAUUAACGAAAGAGCAGCCGGAAAAGAUGCCAUUAGACUAGCUCAAGCUGAUUAAACACAACACUCUCCCUUCAUUGACCAGCAUUUCAGUAUGACCUCGACUACUGUAACAGCUUCAGACCAAAGUUAGAUCAUAACAUUAUUAUGACCCAUAAUGACUUAGUUUUGAAUGCAAUUACACUAGUCAACAACUAGAUUUAAUUUCUUAAUGCUGCAUUAUUAAACAGAAUGAGCUGUCACAAUGCAACAAAUGCUUAGAUAAUGUUGUGUUUGGUUGCAUUAAAAACCAGAUGCACACAAGAUUAGAUUUGUUAAACUCUCUUUUUAGUUUAUUUGCCUAGUCCAACCACUGCACUGACAUUUUACUCUGAGAGCAUAUUGUAGUUCUUAAUUGGUGAGAGUUCUAGGUACCCCAGAUUGCAGUGAUGGAGCUGUACAGUAGGGGUAUAACUGUUGUUUGUAGCAGCCAGGAAUUAAUGAGGUGGCAGCCCUCCAGUUAGCUAGUGAGGCCUCUCGGUCUACUGAAGAUACAGGGCUGCAGUUGGCCCUGGUCUGUCUUCAUCACAAUACAGCCUUGUGCUCCUUCAACCCUGAUCUCACCCAAAGAACUGUUGUUGAAUUAGCUGGCAGCUUUUGAGAGAAUCAUGCCAUGUAAAUAUUUAUAAUAAACAUUCUAAAAUCAUUCAUAUGUACUAUUGUAGUUUUACAAGAAAACAUUUGACACGUUACAUUGGCAACAUCUUGUCCCUAUUCCUAUAAUGUAUAUUUUGCCAUGUGGUUACUGUGAGUUUGAGCUAAACUGGUGAGUUAUGACUUGACAUGAUAACCUUCACAGUCUCUCAGCUCAUGUUCUCUUUCUUACCUAUUACCAGAGAGAACACAAUCCCCAGCAUGCAUCUACGGGGAGUUGGACACACGUGAAAGGACCAGUCCACUGUGCCCUGCAGAGGGAGGAGGAUGGACAACAAGGUGGAGAAGACCUGGGUCUGAAUCAGGAGCAGGUCCAGUCAGGUGACAUGCUGAC